AUGAUAUCACCAAAGUACUCAUUGACCCAUUACUAUUUUGGAACCAAGACUCUACUUGGUGCCAACCAUGUACCUCAUGUGGUUAAUUUGUAUUUUGAUUACAAUUGUCCCUUUAGCGCCAGGUUAUAUCUCAAGUUGUAUAAUAGUGUAAUUCCUGAUUUACAAAAGAAACAUCCUGGUCGUUUCCAAUUUAUAUAUGUCAAUGUGAUACAACCAUGGCAUGUUAACUCUGUUUUGUUGAAUGAAUUUUCAUUGGCUUAUGCAAAGCUUUUAAGGGAGAAGUACAAGGGAGAUGAUGAUAAAGAUGAACAAGAACUAUUCUGGAAAUUCAGUAAAGUAGUAUUCGAAAAUAGGGAGCAUUUUUAUGAUACAUCUAAUAUUGAUCUAACAAGGAACGAAGUGUAUGAACAGAUUUAUGCAGUUGUUUCACAAAAUUUGGAUUUAGGAGUCGAAAAGGAUAAAUUGUUAUCGGAGUUAGUGAUUCGGAAAAGUAAAGAACCUAGCAAUGAGGGAAAUGGAGCUACUGCAGAUGUCAAGUAUUUUACUAAAUACUUGAGAAAUACCGGAAUUCACGUUACUCCUACAGUUGUAAUUGACGGUAUUGUUGAAGACACCAUUUCGAGUGGCGCAAGCGAACAUGAUUUGGUUAAAGCGUUUGAAAGCAAGUUAUAG